AUGAGGGACCUCGUGGCGGCUAACUUCGCUAACGCUCCCGCCCCGCAGGCACCCGCGCGUAACCCCAACCCAACCCUACCCCAAUCUCCUCCCUCCAUUGAAUCAUCCCACGAGACGUACAACUCCCACCGCACAAUCAAGCGGCCGAAGCUUGGCGACAGGAAGGUCUACCGACCUGUUCGAAGACACACGCUCUCACGCAUUGACGAGACGCCUCCGAAUAUAGUUAGACCUCGAUCAAAGAGUUUGCAGCAUUCAAACGAUUUUUCAUCAACGCGGCUGAUUCUACGAUCACGAUCCAAUAUUUCGGCUGAUACCAGUCGGAGUGUCCCGGUGUGCAAUCAGAGCUAUGAUGUCGAAAACCAAAUAGAGGGCGAUAGUCCUCAAUAUGCCGAGCCCAGGGAAUCAGACUCAGGGUCGUCUUUUGACGUUCCCGCGUCAAUGUCGGACUUGCCCAUCAUGGUCCCCCUGGAUCCAGCGACCGGUGCUUACAUCCCGUAUCCAGAGUAUACGUAUUACCGAAAUGAUGGGUGCCGAUUCGGUCGUUAUAGGCAGUAUAAUAAGAAGUUGUCCUCUAAAAAUAGUAACGUGUAUCUAGCGUUCAUGUAUUAA